AUGCUGGUCGUUACCGAGGCGAUCGAUGCGGUGAACGGCCACUCGUGUGGAGCCGUUUCACUAUUCAUGGGUGUCACCAGACGUACAGAAUCUGAUGACACGUCCGGCCGAAGACCUGUACAGUGUCUCGUAUACGAGGCCUACCAUUCAAUGGCCAUCAAACAGAUGCAGACAAUUGUGGAGCAGAAUAUGGCCGUCUAUGACUCGGAUCGGAUCCACAAAUGUUAUGUCUGUUACCAAUUGGGACGCGUGAACGUCGGCCAGGCAUCUAUUGUCUGCAUGUCUAUUGAUUAA